CCGCAGCAGAGUUUUGCCCAGACAGCUCAGCAGCAGCAAGUGCAACCACAACCAGCAACACAUGGCCAAACCCAGCUUUACUCAGCAGUCCAAUGUCAACACUAUGACUCUAAAGAAUGUGACUCCUUCUGCUUCUGUAGCUCCUUCCUCCUCUUCCUCUCCAGCGCUCCCUCUUUCCCAACUCCUCCUGUCCUCCUCUGCUGCCCCCAUGAUCCUGGUCCCCACCUCAAAUGUUCCUCCAACCACCCAGGGCUACACUAUUGCCAAAGCCAACGUUAACACACAAACUCUGGUGGUGCAGCCCCUACAACAGGCCAGCACUAUUGCAGAAAAAGGACCUGUGCCAAUCCAACCCAAGACAGCUCAAGGACAACGCUUACCUGUACAGCUGCCUCCUCGACACCCACCUCCCAUUCUCCCAGCUCCACCUAGCAACACCCAGCACAACACUCCCCACAUCCCUGUGCAGCUUGUGGGAGCCAGGCAGGGCUUAACAGGAAACGCACAGGCUGUUGCCCUGGCACUGGCACGAAGCAGCACGGCCCAGGAAAGUACAGCUGGCGGGAAUUUUAACACAGUCUCCAACAACAGUGCUAUGAUAAAGCCUGCUAUUGGUUCUCUGAAGAGAAAAUCUGACAGUGACGCACCAAAUGAGAUGGUGACAGAAUCUUCAGACUCUACACCUAUGAAAGAUUCUGCUCCUCCCUUAUCCCCUGCUCCAACAAAGGACUCGGCUCCUCCUGUAGUAGCUGCCUUCUCAUCCCCUCCCACCCUGUCCUUGCCUCUGCCCUUGUCAAGAGUCGGUCAUGGGGACAAAGACAGAGCGCCUGUUCCUCAGGCAGUGGUCAAACCUCAAGUCCUCACCCACCUCAUAGAGGCUUUGUCAUCCAAGGGAGCUGAGCCCUUCCCCGUUGCUGGACUCCUCAAAGACAGAGAUUUUGCCCUGGUUGGCCGCUCUGAAAAUGGACCUCAAUUGUUAAAGUGUGAGUACUGUGCAAGCCUUGCCCCAGCCAGCCAGUUCAGAGGAUCAAAGAGGUUCUGUUCAAAUACUUGUGCCAAGAGGUAUAAUGUGAGCUGCAGCCAACACUUCAAGACAAGCAGAGGGAGGAGUGGUGCGGGGCUGGCACCGCCUCCAGCACCCACUGAGAGCGCUGCAAGGCGAAGAGGCCCCCCUCGCAGGAGCAGUUCUAAUAUCAAUAACAUUUCAAGCAGGCAUCUAUCUGUUAAGUGUCACUCCGAGUCCAGUCGCUCGGAGGACGUAUCCAGCGACGGGGAAGAAGAGGACGAUUCUCCUUCACUGUCCCCAAGCUCUUCACACUCCUGCUCUAGAGCUGAGCGCAGCGCUCCUCCGUCUGACAGCUCAGCUCCUGGUAGCCUCCCACUAGAUGGGGCUAACUUUCUCUCAGCAACUCCUGCUCAGUGGAGUGUGGAAGAAGUCUGCAGAUUUAUCUCUUCACUUCAAGGCUGUGAAGAGUUGGCUGCACAGUUUCUGUCACAGGAAAUAGAUGGGCAGGCUCUGCUGCUCCUGCGAGAGGACCAUCUCAUCUCCACCAUGAAUAUCAAGCUGGGUCCUGCUCUCAAGAUCUGUGCCUCCAUCAACAUCCUGCGUGAGUGAUGCAGUGUGUACUUCAGAGGGACACCAGGAUUGUUGUCUCAUUGACUUAUCACUGAAAUCAAUACCUGGACCUCUUUUAGUAAGAAGUAAAAGACUAUGGGGGAAGUGAGGAUGUUUCUUACAAAACAAUGGUGCACUAUCAGUCAUGUGAAGACAUGGGAAUGGACAGUUUACUUUCUGGACAUUGAAUGUGCAAAAAACAUGUUAUAUGUGUACUGCCAUGUGUGAGUGGUGAGCAUGGACAGUCUAAAGUAUCCAUGUCAGUAGUGUUUGUCAGUUGUUGUUUUUCUGUUGCUGUGAGUAAAAGACCUUUUGUAUGUAUUCUCGAAUGAAACUGUGCAAAUCUGCCAGCCUGCAGUUAUCGGUGCUAGGUCUUCUUACUAGGACAGUUUACCUGUUGGGUUAAAAAAAGAAAAGAAACGUUGCCUUCUUGAUGUAUUUCAAACGGUGCUUUAACUUUAGUAAUAUGAUUGAGGGAGGGAUGUCAGCAUCAGUCCACUUCAUUUAUAUAUAUAUAUUUCAGUCUUGUUAGUAGUUAUUAGUUUAUUUACCGUGUGUUUAAUCCAGGCUCCAAUCACAUCGAGCAAAGGACACUCAAAAAGCCUGGUAUUUUAAGUAGUUAAUUUUACCAGUUAUUGAAAGUUUUAGUUUUUUUUAAUCUUUUCCACUUUUUACUACAAUCCAAAUUAUUUUUUUCAUGAAUGAUAGUUUUAGUAGCUUUAAUCAACCUAACUACCUGAAAAUAGGUAUUCCUCAUGGUUUGCUCUCUUAAGGGCUAAGUGGAAGUACUCUGUGUACAUGUAUGCAGUACUACCAAUAAACAAUACCUGUUACUGGA